AGCCUCCGUGCAGUGCGGAGCUCUUGUUAAUUAUUUUUUUUCUUCAAAAUAACAACCGCGCAACACGUUACAAAACCCACCGUUUGGAAUUAUUUACUUACAAACUCUCAGUAAACCAGCGUGAAAGAGGAUCGAUACCAGAACUCAGUAGUAAAAGAGCUGCAUAUUUAAAUAUUUUUAUUUUCGCUUCCACAAAGGAAGAUCUGUGUGCUGUGAUUUAUCGUUGAGGGGGCCAAAACACGCGCAACAACGGACAACCCCACAGGACCGGGGGGUGCUUCUCGUGUCUCGGGAGGAAGGUUAGGGUCAGCCGAAAAAAAAGCAAACAAAAUAAACGGCAAGGGAGAGAGAGAGUAAAGUAAAGAGAAAAAGAAAGAGACUUGAAUUGUUCUCUUGGUUGUUACUAUUCUCUUUGAACAGUUUCCUUGCUUCUUCUCCCUCUCAGUUUGUGUGUUGUGCGCGCACGCGCUAAAGAGAAACGAUAUAAGAAAAAAUAAAAGCGCGCGAGGAACUUUGCCAGAGAGUACUAACGAGAUUCGAUGCCUUCCAGGGACGAUAUUCGCUCCCUAUCCACUGAGCGACGCUGGAUCCCUCCUUCAACUGUUAGACGCGAUGCACUCACCCCAGAAAGCAGAAAUGAUCUCAUCUUCAGAAAGGUGCGGGGUAUUCUUAACAAGCUCACACCGGAAAAGUUCGCAAAGCUGAGCAACGACCUGCUCAACGUUGAGCUCAAUUCCAAUGUGAUUCUGAAAGGUGUCAUUAUACUGAUCUUUGACAAGGCACUUGAUGAGCCCAAGUACAGUUCUAUGUACGCACAGUUGUGCAAGCGGCUGUCUGACGAAGCUCCAAACUUUGAACCGCAGAAACCUACUGUCGAGGGCCAAAAGGGUCAAAGCACAUUUACACUACUGCUCCUCAGCAAGUGCAGAGUCGAAUUCGAAAAUCGUUCGCGCGCCAGUGAGGCAUUCGAUAACAAAGAUGAUCUCAGUCCAGAGGACGAGGAGCGCCGCCAAUUGGCGAAGCGCAAGAUGCUCGGUAAUAUCAAGUUCAUCGGAGAGUUGGGCAAACUGGAAAUCGUCUCGGAGCCAAUCUUACAUCGGUGCAUCCAGCAAUUAUUGCUGGAGAAGAAGCGAGGCGGAUCCAGGGGGGACAUGGCCGAAGAUAUCGAGUGCCUCUGCCAGAUCAUGCGGACUUGCGGCCGUAUCCUUGACUCGGAUAAGGGCAGUUGCCUCAUGAGCCAAUACUUCGAUCGUAUGAACUUCCUGGCCGAGAGCAACGAUCUACCCCUGCGCAUCCGCUUCAUGCUCCGUGACGUCAUUGAGCUACGUCGGGACGGUUGGGUACCCCGCAAAGCCACCAGCACGGAGGGUCCCAUGCCGAUCAAUCAGAUACGCAAUGAUAACGAUGACUCCUCAAGGGGCGGGCCGCCAUACCAUCGUACCGCCCGUGAGGAUAGACUCGGCGCCGCCGAUUUUCUCAGGAAGAUGGGACGUGGUGGACUUGAUAUGGACAUGGUUGGCGGCAUCCCGUUAACCUCGUCCUCAUUUGGUAUGCCACCGUCGCCCUUCAGUUCUAAUGGUUUCUCAGCGGGACCGCCGAACAUCGGUUACGCGCGACAUAAUCAGCGCAACCAACCUGGUUUCUACCAGAAUCAAAAUCGACAUCAGAACAACUACCAGAGCAAACACAAUCACAAUCAGCAGCAACACAACUCGCCGCAGAACUAUAACAAUAAUGGAAACAAGGAGCAAUUACGCUUCAAUAAGAAUAAGAUGCUCAUAGGACAUCCUGAGGAGGUGUCACUCAGACCGUCGGCCAACUCGAUGAUGUUCAAGCAGACCAACAUCAAUCCCAGUCUACCUCUCAACAAUGAUCUGUUCACUGGCCGAACUGUAGAUUCUCCAUUGCUGCGUACUGCCACACUGAAGGCGAGUCCGUCGCUGCUCCGCAAGGAACCACCACCAGCGAUAUUGAUAAAACAAGGCUCCCUGGAUAAGAGGGAGAAAGCUCGCGAUCGUAAGGAUAAAGGACCUUCUCGCGAGGAAAUACUGAAGAAGGUGAACGCCCUUAUGGAUGAUCUCGCGGUCCAUGGCAAAGUAGAGGAUGCUGUAACGGCCUUUAAGGAUCUGAAGAUGCCAGAGCGAUUCGUACGUCAUGCCGUUUUCACUCUCUAUUCAAACACAUUGGAUCGCACUGACACGGAACGCGAAUUUGCCGCGAAGCUCGUCGCUGAACUACGUAAGGAGGCUCUCAUUACAUCACAGCAAACCCUGGAGGGCUGGAAAGAGCUCGUGUCCAGUAUGGCUGAGAAGGAGAGUACUGUGCCCUGUGUCGCUUCCCUUGUCGCCUUUCUGACUGCUCGUGCAAUCGUCGAUAAUCUCAUGCAACUAAGCGAUCUCGCGUCCGUUACUGAGAACGGUCAGCACCAUCCUCUCUUCCUGCUCACUCUUCAGCAGUUACACAGAAGCCAGGGUAAGGAGAGACUGACUCAGAUCUUCAACGAAAGCAAAGUCAACCUCAUGAGUCAGCUGCCAGAAGCCGAGAAGACCAAGGAAAGGCUUGGUGAGAUCCUCGAGGAUCGUGAGCUCACUUUUCUAUAUCCGCUACUCAGGAUCCAGGGCGAGAUGUGGCGACAGCUUAAAUCCGAUCCCAAUCCCAACGCUCUUUACAAAUGGAUAAAGGAGAAGCUCGAUCCUUCCCAUCAUUCUGAUCCUGGAUUUAUUAACGCUCUCACCACUGUACUUCUGAAGUAUAUCACUCAGGAAACAACAUUGGCAAAUGGAGUUGAUACGGAAAGCAAUCCUGACAAGGCUCUACUAGAACAGGAAAUAGCACUUCUGCGGAAGUACAACCGCGUUCUACGUACGUUCCUGUCUACUAUCGACCUGCAGGUGACAGCCGUUCACUCGCUCCAAGUUUUUUGCUUCUCGCACAAUUUCCCCAAGGGGAUGCUGCUACGCUGGUUUGCAGCACUGUACGAUCUCGAAGUGAUCGAGGAAGACGCAUUCAUUAAAUGGCGAGAGGACGUCACCGACGCCUAUCCUGGCAAAGGCAAGGCCUUAUUCCAGGUAAACAGCUGGCUUACGUGGCUGGAGCAGGCUUCGUCGGAGGACGAGGAGGACGAGGGCGACAAUUAAGGAACAUCUUUUGUGGCUUUAGGCAAAUUUCGUCCCUUCUGGGGACAUGUAUGCGAAUGCAUCUGACACAUAACGACAUACACUCAAGUACACACACAACAUAUAUAUCCAGCAUACACAGACCUCUUUGAAACAACGGAGAUACACGAGAUACAUACAACAGACGCAGCCUAUGGCUCGAAAAUAGUUUAUUUCACACUUUCCCAUGCAUUGACUGCCAGUGGAGAAAUUCAGAUUUUACGUUAAUCCAUCGUGUCCGACUGUGCGCAGCCAUUAACAUAUGCAAGCGUACGUGGCAUCUAAUCUCUCCAGAACCCACCCAUCAAGUCGACACUGUUUUUCACGCUUCACGAAGAUCAUACCAUGAGAAGAAAAUUGCAUUCUUCAGUGUUACGUACCAUUCAGGAAGACCUGGACAGUAUAGCAAGAAGGUGAGGGUGCGAUGCCCCGUGAAAUAGAGAAAAUAAAACCAGCGAGAGAUAAAGCGAGAGGGAGAGAGAAACAACAACGUAUCCUCGUCGAUUCUUCUACUAUUUUAUUAAUAUUAUUUUACGAACGAUAGAAUUCGGUAUUCGCGAGCGACACCGCGCAAAAGAACGAUGCGCCUGCGCAGACGUGCGCCCGCGAAUAAUUUAGCGUGAUUUAAUGAGGAUGAGUGGGGUUGAACGAAAAAAAAAAGUAUGAGAUGGAUGAAGGAAAGAGAAAAUGAAAAAAAAAGGUAAAAAAUUCGAAAGAUUAUUAAUUGAAAAAAAAAAAGAGGAGAAAGAGAACGAGCGAGUCGAAUGAUGGUCCGCCACUUAUCGAUAAGUCUGUCAAAUAAUCAUUGUGUUGUCCGAAAAAGAAAUGUUUUUGUCUAGUAUUGUGCAUGUGCCACGUUUUUGUAAGUCUUUAUUGUCCGCGGCCACAGGUCAGAGUCGCUUGUUAUCUCUGUGUACUAGCUUUUACAUUUAUUGUGGAAGGAUCAAUUAUUAUUAACUAUUAUAUCCGCAGUUGCAUAACCACACAGUUAUCAGAUACAAUUAAUCUUUCCAAUUGUUUGUCGGAAAUCGGAUGAAAUAAACGGGCGAAUAAUGAGUGUGAGAGGGGCGCGCUGGUUCGGGAGAGACAGAGUUGUAUCGAGAUUAGUACGUAAGAUUGAAACAGAACGUAAUCAUACAAGUGAGAAUAAGAGAGAUGAAAAGAAACUAAUACCGAUAGAUGCAGGAAAAUGAAACAAGAAACGUGUGAAGAUGAGAAGAAAGAUAUAAAUGCGUGAAAAGCAUCCCAGGGAUUGUUACUGUAAUAGUAAAAGAAAUAAGUAUAUGGUCUGCGCGAUAACAAAAUCAUAAACAAGAAUGGACGAACGACAAGUGAUUUAUCCGAAAAUAAACCACGUGUCAAUGACGUUCUAUUCGAUUAUUAACGUGGUUUUAGUUUUGUUUUACAUCAGAACGGAGAACCGGAUGAAAAAUUACGAAAAACGGAACAUAAAAUGAAAGAAAAAAAAAUGAGUUAAUACGUUACAAGUACAAUAUUAUAUAACACCGCAUAAUAAAAUCUGCCAAGAAAGUAUGUCAAACGAGGAAGAUAAGCCAGAGAAGCGCAAACGAUCGUCGCGCGUAUAUUGCGUAAAUUUGCGUAAUACUUGCGCUUGUGAACCAUCCCCUUUUGCCAUGCAGCCCCUCUUGUGAUAUUGCGCGCCAAAUUCAAACGUCUGACAACGAUACGUUAUAGCUGCGAGAAAAGGUGGAUAAAUGAGGGACAUAAUUUGACAGCACUACCAACAAUAAUAAUUAACAACCAGCAGCCAACAUCACAUCCAGUAAUUAAACAUAAAAAAAAGGAUCGAAGGACAAAAUUGAUAGCGAUGGACACAUUUAGUUAAACAAACAAAAAGUAAUAAAAGGAACACGGCUAAGAUCGUAUAUAAAAAAGCUAGAGAGAGAGAGAGUGAGAAAGGGGGGGGGGGUUAGUGAAAAAAAGAAGAAAAUAGAAAAGAAACAAAAAACGGAAAAAUAAAAAAAACAUGUCUUGGUGUAAUUUAUUACGAGUUUUUCAAGUUCCUGCGGUUAUAUCGUCGAUGAACGAUCGUCGCCGAAUAUGACCGGAGUUUACCGAACUUUCUCCCUAUCCCCUAGUCCUUUCUUUUUUUUCCUAACCACUACAUACACAUUAUACCUAUCAAAGCCUGUAAAUUUGUCUCAUUUUUAUUACAUAGUCGUGUUUAGCUUUCCCAGCUACGUUGACCUGCCAGUAAAUUCUGUCUUUUUAUUUUUGUUUUCGUUAGGUAAUGGUUUCGUAAUGGUUAUCCAAUCCCCUCCCUCUUUUCCUGUGAAUUCCCACCCCCCUCUCUCCAACAAUAUUGUAACAUUACCUGAGAUGAAUGUAGUAGAUUUAUUAGUUAUUCUUGAUGAAUCCUUACGUCGAUCGCACAUGAGCAUUUGAUUAUUUGUUUAUUAUUGUGUCAUGGUUCUUAUUCCCUUUCAAUGAAAACGUUAUGUCGUGCUUUUUCUGGUAUAUUUUUUUCUUUUUCUUCUGUAUUAAUAAGGUGGACCACUAAAUCCCAUUCCUUCAAGAUGUACAUACAAUCGUAUAGAACACGUAUCGACCAAUUUUCAGUAAACCAAACAAAUUUUGCUUAUCCCACGUCCUUCGUUUUCUGAAACGUGUUGAGAGAGAGACUCUUCUGUCCCUGUGUACGAGCAUAAUUAAUUGAUUGUUUUUGUAGACGACAUAGAUACGAACAGAAAGAAUGAAAGAGAGAGAGAGAGCGAUGACAGAGUAUGGCUUGAAUUUUGUUCUAGAUUUUUAGUGGAAUUAGCUAUGUAAUGUUCGAUGGAUAGGUUACGUGAUAUAAUUUCUAUUGUUUCUUGAUUUAAUUAAUUAAUUUCCUUUUUUAAUCGACAGUCGCGUAUACUGACGCAAUAAAAUGUAGUACGCGAAUAGUCGCAGUGGCAAGCCGCGUAUCGGAGUACUGAAUCAAUGAGAAAUUAAAAGAAUAAGGGAGAAAGAAAAGAAGGAUACAAUUCCUGAUUGAAAAGAUAUAAUAGAGUUAAAAUUUAAUAGAUACUUAUAUACAAUUUAAUUCAAAUGGUGACACAAUUAAGACACUAUAAUUAUAUUGACACGCAGGACAUAUUGAACGCUAGACGUAUUUAUUAUUAUUAUUAUUACUACUACUACUAUUACUAUUAUUAUUAUUGCUAUUAAUAAUACUACUACUUGUAUGUACUCUUAUAUUUUGUCAGUGCGAUAAUCGCAAACUCAACGCGCCUGCGCGCUGCAGUUUUUUUUUUGUUUAUUUAUUUUCAUCGAUUUCUUUUCUCCGUUUUUCUUUCACUUUACGAAACGCUUAUAUCGUUACAGCCAUUACAGAAUUUUGCAAAAUGAUUAACGGGAUUCUUUUUUUUCUUCUUUUUUAGCGAAUAUACUUAUCGUCUCUUCGUUGUUACUCCUGUUUGUCAUUUAGUGAGAUUAGACGAUGAUGAUGAUGACGACGACGACGACGAUGAAUCUGUGUAUAAUAGCGUCAGUAUUAAUUUUGUCAAGUUGAAUGAAGAGGAUUGUGAGGAGAGAAUAGAUUGCGUUUGUGGAAACAAUUUUUUUAAUUGGCCGUAGACCUGUAAAGCGCGCGAAUUAUGAACGAAUGAUCUUUUAACUCUGUCAAUAAAAUUGUUCCUGGGUAUCA